UUUUUGCUUAAAAUCUUCCCCCAAUCUUCAAUCCGCUAACAUUAUGCUAAUCGCGUUCCCUACUUCCCCUACUGCUCCCGUAGAAAACGGAGCGAAACGAACCAAAAAUAUCACGGAGGCCAGCGUACGUUAAAAUAUAAAAAGAGUAGAGAGAGGAAAGCAGGCCGCCGGAAACCGGGCCGAUGUCUUCCUCGCCUUCCCCUGGCGCCGCCCCGGCGCCCACGUCCCCCCCCCCUCCGGCCCCAGCGUCCGCCCCCCCGCCGGCGACCCCCUCCGCCCCUCCGCCGUCCAACAACUCCACCUCCCCUCCUCCCUCCACCUCACCCCCCUCCCCGCCUUCCUCCUCCCCUCCCCCCGCCUCCGUCCCCACUCCCUCUCCCCCCUCUUCCACCCCUCCCCCCUCCCCCGCCGCCCCCUCCACCCCGCCCCCUCCGCCCAGCUCGCAGGGACCCUCCCCUCCGUCCCCGGCGAUCCCGUCGAAGUCGCCACCGCCGCCGCCUUCCUCUCCUUCUACGCCCUCCAGGAACACUCCUCCUACGCCCUCCAGGAACACUCCUCCUUCCUCCUCCCCGCCCUCGACCAACGGCUCCCCGUCGACCGUGCUCGUCGUGGGGUUGUCUGCGGGCGCAGUGGUUGUUCUUCUGCUACUGAGCGUUCUCUGUGUCUGCUGCUUGAAGAAGAAGCGCCGUCCUCGGCCUCACCACUACGGCGAUCCUCCGCCGCCGACGCCGCCACGGAAAGAUGAUACAUAUGGUGAUUGGCCCCAGAACUGGCAGCACAAUGCUCCCCCACCGGCAGAGUAUGCUGUCAAAAUUCCUCCACAUCCUUCCCCUCCACCACCGCAUGCUUCACGUCCUCCACAUGCACCAAGCAAUUUUCCACCUCCACCACCUCCACCUAUGAUAAGCAGCAGUGGAGGUUCUGCAUCAAAUUAUUCUGGGUCCGAGCAUCCAUUGCCGCCACCAUCGCCUGGUGUCGCUCUUGGCUUCUCAAAGAGCACCUUCACAUAUGAAGAAUUGGCAAUGGCAACAGAUGGGUUCUCUGAUGCUAAUCUCCUUGGGCAGGGUGGUUUUGGAUAUGUGCACAGAGGAAUAUUUCUGAAUGGUAAAGAAGUUGCAGUCAAACAAUUGAAAUCUGGGAGUGGACAGGGUGAGCGUGAAUUCCAGGCAGAGGUUGAAAUUAUCAGUCGUGUGCAUCACAAACAUCUGGUUUCACUGGUUGGAUACUGUAUUGCUGGAGGCAAGAGGUUGCUUGUUUAUGAAUUUGUUCCUAACAAUACAUUGGAGUUCCAUUUGCAUGGGAAGGGUCGACCAACAAUGGAUUGGGCCACGAGAUUAAAAAUUGCAUUGGGUUCUGCAAAGGGAUUGGCUUAUCUUCACGAGGAUUGCUAUCCUAAGAUCAUUCACCGUGACAUUAAGGCGGCCAAUAUUCUUCUUGAUUAUAAAUUUGAGGCAAAGGUUGCAGAUUUUGGACUUGCAAGGAUUACUUCCGAUAACAACACCCAUGUUUCUACUAGAGUCAUGGGAACUUUUGGGUAUUUGGCACCAGAAUAUGCAUCUUCAGGCAAGCUCACAGAUCGAUCAGAUGUCUUUUCCUUUGGAAUCAUGCUUCUUGAGCUAAUCACCGGACACCGACCGGUUGAUACAAGCCAAUCUUUCAUGGAUGAUAGCUUGGUUGACUGGGCAAGACCUUUGCUUUCUCAGGCUCUUGAGGAUGGGAACUAUGAUUCCCUCAUUGAUCCACGAUUGGGAAAUAACUACAAUCCUAAUGAGAUGGCACGCAUGAUUGCGUGUGCUGCUGCCUGUGUACGCCACUCAGCAAGGCGACGACCACGGAUGAGUCAGGUUGUUCGGGCCUUGGAAGGAGAUGUAUCUCUUGAGGAUCUGAAUGAAGGCGUUAGACCAGGACACAGCAGGUUUUUCGGUUCAUAUGGGAGCUCUGAUUAUGAUUCUGGCCAGUAUAACAAUGACAUGAAGAAGUUCAGGAAAAUGGCAAUGGCAGCAACUCAAGACUAUGCCAGCAGUGAAUUCAGUGCACCGACCAGUGAAUAUGGUCAGAACCCAUCAGCAUCGAGCAGUGAAGGCCAACGUACACGGGAAAUGGAGAUGGGGAAGAGGAACAAAGAAAACUAUGGUUUCAAUGGUAGCUUGUGAAAACUUCCGACUGUUCGAUUAAUUGUAAAGUCUCACCUUACUUUCAUACUUUAUUGCUGACUCUUGAUUUGAAAAGGCAGCAACAUGAGCGAGUGGACAAUAGGUUUCGGAAAUAUUUUAAAGCUGUCUUCAUAUAUGUAUGCUUUUCACAGUUGCAGAAAUAAUGAAGAGCUAACUGAUUCUUUCAUAUAUUUUAAUUGUU